AAAAAAUUAAUAGCAGCAAAGUAAGGAUUCAAAAAACUAACUCCAAAUAAAAGGGAGAAUGCAACACGUUCGUAUUCAUAUUUUGAGGUCAAAACAGAGUUCAAGAUUAAAUCCUUAAUCUCUAACAAUCUAUGAUCUCUCCGCUUCUUUCUUUUGUUCUCUAACCGUAAACAUCAUGAUCCUAAAUCAGAGAUCAGCCACUGUUCUUUUCCUUUAACCUUUCAUGAACAUACCCCUGCCACUAUUCUUUCGCUUUCACCUUCCAUUAACAUUCCCUUUGAAACUUGUCUUACACUCUUUUGACUAUUAACAUUUUUAUACGGGCAGUUAAUAAAGAAAUCAUGUCUUCUAAUCAUGCUCCAUACGAACCCAAAAAGAUCCUUAUAACUGGUGCAGCUGGUUUCAUAGCCUCGCAUGUGACCAAUAGGUUGAUAAGGAAUUACCCUGACUACAAAAUCGUUGCCCUUGACAAAUUAGACUACUGCUCUAGCCUUAGGAACCUUACUCCAUGUCGGUCCUCUCCAAAUUUCAAGUUUGUGAAGGGCGAUAUUGCUAGUGCUGAUCUUGUAAAUCACCUCUUGAUAGCUGAAGAUAUCGAUACUAUUAUGCACUUUGCUGCCCAAACCCAUGUGGAUAAUUCUUUUGGGAACUCUUUUGAAUUCACCACCAACAACAUUUAUGGCACUCAUGUUCUUCUUGAAGCAUGCAAGGUCACUAAGAAAAUCAAGAGGUUCAUUCAUGUUAGUACAGAUGAAGUUUAUGGAGAAACUGACAUGGAGACUGAUAUUGGCAAUCCUGAGGCUUCUCAGCUCCUUCCUACAAACCCAUACUCAGCCACAAAAGCUGGGGCUGAAAUGCUUGUCAUGGCUUACCAUCGAUCUUAUGGCCUUCCUACAAUUACCACCCGAGGCAAUAAUGUAUAUGGCCCUAACCAGUAUCCAGAAAAACUUAUUCCAAAAUUCAUUAUCCUUGCGAUGAAGGGUGAACAAUUACCAAUUCAUGGUAAUGGCUCAAAUGUGAGAAGCUAUCUGCACUGUGAAGAUGUUGCAGAGGCAUUUGAUGUGAUACUUCACAAAGGGGCUAUUGGACAUGUCUAUAAUAUUGGAACCAAGAAAGAGAGACGAGUGUUAGAUGUGGCAGAGGAUAUCUGUAGGCUGUUCAGACUGGAUGCCAAGAAAGCUAUCAGGUUCGUUCAAGAUAGGCCUUUCAAUGAUCAAAGAUAUUUCUUAGAUGAUCAAAAGCUCAAGAAACUGGGGUGGCAAGAAAGGACUCCUUGGGAAGAAGGGUUGAAGAUGACAAUGGAGUGGUACACAAAGAAUCCAAAUUGGUGGGGCGAUGUUUCUGCUGCUCUCCAUCCGCAUCCUCGUAUUUCAAUGGUAGUCCAUUCGAAUGAUGAUUCGUGGUUGCUGGAGGAUGGAUGUGCAAAAGAAGGUGACAAUAAUAGCAGUUGAUGAAUGAAGUCAUACUAGAGGUUUUAAUUUCAAUCGACAGAGCAAUGCCAUGCUGAUAAUAACAUCAAAAAUGGAAGAGUGAUGCUGGAGAUGUUAUACAAUUGAAGGAGUUUCCUGAUUCAUUGUCAAUUAAAUUAGAUUCCACAUCAAGACUAGACUUCAGAAAAUGAGUUAUUUAGCACACAAUUGCCUAAUUUCUUUUUCAAUUUUUGUGUAAUUGUUUUGGUCUUUUAAUUGCUCCCAUUGUCAGGCAUAUUAUAUGUAAGUUAUUUUCUUUCUCAAAAUAAAUAAAUAAAUAAAUUACUAUA